UCUACAAGCAGAUAAUAUACAAUACAGUUGCAAUGACAGCGCUGAGAUUAUUGGCCCCCAAGGGUUUGCAACGUGUUCAGUUCUUUAGGCCACCGCUUAGUGCUAGUAUGGCUUCCAGCUCUGUGCCCAAGAUGGAGGCAACCGUUGCGGACGAACCCCGACCCAUACUCUACGCCACUUGGUUAAGCUCGUGCUCCUGGCGUGUUCGCAUUGCGUUGACCCUCAAACAGAUCCCCUAUGAUGUCCAAGCAACCAGUUUACUCCAGGUCGGCGAACAUCAUGCCUAUACCGACAAGUAUCGUGAAGUGAAUCCCAUGCAGACAGUUCCAUCGCUUCAAAUCGAUGGACACUCUUUAUGCGACUCGGUGGCCAUUAUGCACUACCUGGAGGAGACGCGGCCUAAGAUCCCAUUGCUGCCACAGGAUGUCAUGAAACGCGCCAAGGUCCGUGAGAUCGUAGAGCUCAUUUGCUCGGCCAUUCAGCCACUGCAGAAUCGCUUGGUCCUGGAGCAUGUGGGCAAGGAGAAAAGCCUCGUGUGGGCACAGCAUUGGAUAGCUCGCGGAUUUCAGGGUCUCGAUCGAGUGCUCGCCGGAUCCGCUGGCAAGUAUUGUGUGGGCGAUGAACUAUCCAUGGCGGAUGUAUGCCUCGUGCCGCAGGUCUUUAAUGCCCGAAUGUACAAAGUGGACCUGAGCCCAUACCCGAACAUCGUUCGCCUGGAUCAUGAGCUACAGAGCCUGCCAGCCUUCAAAAGCAGCCAUCCUCAUCAACAGCCCGACUGUCCACCGAAAUUUGCUGGCAAAUAGGAAAAGACUAAUAAGAAUAUCAACAUUCUAAUCGCAUUUAUAUUCAAUAUUUAAAUAAACAAAAAGAAGAAAGAGAAACUUCAGUUUAAUUUAUAA